AUGACGAGUCGGUACCAAGUGGAUCCCAAUAAAGGUCAUUGGGUUGAAGUUAAAAAUAUCCUUAAGUACUUGAAAAAGAAUAAGGAUACAUUACUUAUAUAUGGAGCUGAGGAAGAGCUGAGUGUAAAAGGUUACACUGAUGCUAGCUUCCAAACCGACAAGGAUGAUUCAAGAUCGCAAUCAGGUUUUUUAUUUUUUCUUAAUGGUGGCGUUGUGAGCUGGAAAAGUUCAAAGCAAGAUAUAAUAGUUGAUUCUACAACUGAGGCCGAGUACAUUGCAGCCAGUGAGGCUGCAAAAGAGGUUGUUUGGAUUAAGAAGUUCAUAUCUGAACUAGGGGUUAUGCCUAGCAUACCAGAUGCUAUAGAACUUUGUUAUGAUAACGAAGCCAUUGCACAGGAAAAGGAACCCAGAUCUCACCAGUGA